AUUUGGCUCUUUUGCUUGGUACCGAGGGCGUUGAGUAAGUAUAUUCCUUUUUGUGUCUAGAUGUUUGAUCGAUAUUGUAUCAGUCGUCUUUUCGAUUAAUCUUUUGAGUACUCCAGCUGUGGGUUGAAGAGUCAUCGAUAGUGUGCUAAAGAUUGUAUGCAGAUAUUCGAGUAGGAUAUACUGAUGCCGCACUCACAUCAUAGCCACUCAGGGCAGUUCUGUGGCCAUGCGACGAACAAGCUUGAGGAUGUGAUCCAAGCUGCGAUCGCUAAAGGCUUUCAUAGCUUUGCGCUGACCGAGCAUAUCCCCAGAGAGCUGAUAGACUUCUAUCCAGAAGAGACUGAUUCACACACUGAAGAGAGUCUUGUUCAGCUGUUCGACGAUUACUAUGCUGAGGCUGUCCGGUUGCGGGACAAAUAUGCCCAUCAAAUUCAGAUCCUGAUCGCGUUCGAGUCAGAAUGGAUACGGCCUUCGUCCCUCAAAAUUGUUCAGGGUAUCCUUGACAAGUAUACGUUUGACUUCUUCAUGGGCUCCAUCCAUCACACGCAUACAGUUCCGAUCGACUUCGACCGCGCAAUGUAUGAGCAAGCCAGAGAUAAGGCAGGCGGCACAGACGAACAGCUCUUCGAAGACUAUUUUGAUGAGCAGUACGAUAUGCUACAGGCACUUCGACCCCCUAUUGUGGGCCACUUCGAUCUCAUACGCCUCCUGAGCGAUAACAGAGAUACUGCUUUUGAAGGCAUGGACGGGGUUUGGAACAAAAUGAAGCGGAACCUGGAGUAUAUCGCUGGUUACGGAGGAUUGCUGGAGUUUAACUCUGCUGGGCUACGGAAGGGCCUGCUCGAGCCAUACCCAUGCUUGCCCGUUACGAAAAUGUUCUCGAACAUGGGUGGUGGGUUCGUUCUGUCUGACGAUAGUCAUGGCAUCGAGCAGAUCGGCACCAACUACUCGCGUCUCCUAGAAUAUGUUCAGAAGACUGGGGUUGAUAAAGUAUAUUUCGCCGCCAGAGGGUCCGGAAACCGGAUAGACAGCCGAUUCCCCAAUGCAGGCUACCCCAGUAUCGCCGUGGCCGAGCUGGCGGGACUACCAUUUUGGUCAAAGUUACCAGAGGAAGUCUCGAGAACAACGCGAUAGGCGCCACAUAUCCACUGUCGUAUGCCGGAACCGUGCUCCGUGCAACAUCAUUGCUAUCACUUUAAUGACCUUCCCAUGACUGGCU